CACGCCGACUGGAGGAGAAGGCGGAGGUGGUGGCCAGCCAGAGACAGCAGCGAAUCAUCAUCAAGAGAGUCCGAAAGGAGCGGAGCAACGAGAGCGGACACAUGUCGCCAUGUUGACAAGGCCGUGGGAGGGGGAAUGGUUGCCAGCGAUGUUCGGGAUGUUUCCGAUGCGGCUGGUGUGGCUGGUGGUGCUGCUCUGUUUGCUACCUGGGCAGGUGCUGCUCGGCAACGCCGCCUCGGUCACCUGGGGCCAUGUCAACAAAUACGCCAGCGUGCUGCACACCGAAGAUGUUUACUUGCCGCCGGGGACCCCCGGCCGAGAUGUGGCCUACGGCCUGGAGAACGCCAGCGAUAACUACCGGAUUACGGGUGUGCAUGUCGAGGAUCUAGGCGCCGAUGGAGCGGAGGCCCUGCUCACGGCUGGCGGCAUUGGCCAGCAGUUUGUAGUCCUCCACUGCCGGCGACUUCGGGACUCCGAGGAGCAGGCGGCUCAUCUCGAGGUGUCCAUCUACGGAGUGGACCUGUAGGCUGUUUGCUAUCUUGUAGAGGGAACACAGUCCCAGACCCAUUGUUGUAAAUAUCAAUUAGUGUACGGAGCUUUCAGCUGUGCAAGCCAAGAGCACAUAGGAAAAAGUGUUGUAUCUUCGAGAUACAACAAGCACAUAUAUUAGCUUGAAUUAGUAUAUAUUUUAAGUAAACAAAUUUCAAAUAUUCCUUUAUGUGAAAUAUGAGUAAGUUAAUACAUAGCACUAUUUGUAGUACAAAUGAAACAUUUGCAACACUGAACUUCCCACGCCCAUCUCUAUAUUCAAUGAUAUCUUUACAUCUUCAGAUUGUAUUUAUUACUUCAGAUCCUAUAGGUUGCUAUAGCAAUGAUAGGUUUUUAUCUGCUCUGUGGACUGAAAACUUUGUAAUUCGCUCUGAACAACGUAAUAACAUUUGAAGUUGAAAGUUGCCAGGGGUUGUGAAGUUCGGAUGUCGCUUAAAGGCUGUCGGGUUUUUAUAAUCUUAUGGAAAUAUGUAGUAAGUUUGUAACUAUGUGAAAACCUAUAAGCUGCGGGCAUCUCUUGCCUUUUAUUUUGCCACUCAGUGCAUUUCAGCCUUAAUAAGUCAAUUUUUCAUUGCUGCUAGAUGCACGAGCUUGAAUUUGUUUAAUUAAAAUGUAAUAAGUCAAACAAGUUGGACGUCAUAAUAAACUUUCGCUCGAAACAAAA